AUGGAUGAGAAUAAAAAGGUGUUCUACAGCUACGUGGAUAACAUGCACAGGAAAAAUGAGGAGAUACACAGAAUAAUGGACAUGAAGGAGAAAAUCAAAAAGGAGGAGCAAAAAAAAAUAGAAGAGUCCCAGAGAAUUAUCAAAAAUAACCAAGUGUCCAUAGACACCGUUGACGAGGCACACAAAGCUAAGGAGCUGACUUGUGUAAAUUUAAAAAAGGAUAUAUCCAUCCAGAAAAGGAAGCUGCAAAAUUUGAACACCCUCUUGGGAGAAUUGCCCGAUGUUAUCGAGGGAGAGGAAAGGAAAUACUGCGAAUUUAAGAAGAAGUCCCGCAAGGAGAUAGAUGAACUUAUGAAGACCCUGGAGUCGCCACCUUACACCAACAGUGCUGAUGAAGUUUGGGACAAAAUAAAGGAAUGUCAAUCCAACACCGAUCAACUAAAUAGUGCAAUAUACGAGGCGCAUGGAGAAUUAACACAGCUAAAAACGAAGUGUAAUAGUUCCCAGGAGAAAUUCAGAGACCUUGUCGAGGUAGAGCGGAAUAAAAAUCAGAAGCUAAAAAAGAUAUCAGCCACACUUCAGUUCAUUCAAAAUUUAAAAAAAGGCACAAAUGGAAAAGCAAACGACGAAGGAGAUUUAAAAAAAAAGUUGGAAGAAAUAAAUGACUUGUACAGGUAA